AUGAUAGUCCCAUUAAAUGUCCUCCAUUAAGUGAAAUUACAGAUGAUUGCAGUAGUGUAAUUUAAAAUGAAGAAUAAAGUGAAUAUAAUAAAAUUAAGAAUUAGAUGAUUAACAAUAAAGAAUUAAUUAAAGACAUAAGAAUACUGUACAAUUAGUAUUAGAUGUUAAUAUGGUAAACUAAUAGAUUUAAAAAAAUGCUCGUAAAGCCCAUUCAAAAGAAUUUUUGAAAGAAUUGGUCUCAAAAUAAAAAAACAGAUUUUAAAUGGAUGGAUUUAAUUUAGAUUUAACAUGUAAUCUAUCUUAAUUAUAAAUGAUAUUACACCAUAAAUAAUUGCAAUGGGAUAUCCAGCAGACAAUUUUGAGUCUUUAUAUAGAAAUUCAUUAGAUGAAGUAUAGAGAUUUUUGAAUACAAGACACCCAGAGAAAUACAAGGUUAUUAAUUUGUAAUAAAGAUAAAUAAAAUUAUAAGGUGUUCAGAAAGACAAUAUAGACAUGAUUUAUUUUAUAAGGUUGUUGAAUUUCCAUUUGAGGAUCAUUAACCUCCUCCUUUCUAAAUAAUAUUACCAUUUUGUUUAACAGUAUCAAAAUGGUUAAAAAAAUAAGAUCGAGUUGUUGCAGUGCAUUGUAAAGCAGGUAAAGGAAGAACAGGCACAAUGAUAAGUUGUUAUUUACUAUUCUCAAAAUAAUAUGAUUCUUCAAAAGAUGCUUUAAAAUAUUAUGCUAUGAUUAGAACAUAAAAUUAGGAAGGAGUAACGAUACCCAGUUAAGCAAGAUAUGUAGAGUAUUUUAAUAUUGCUUUAAAAAUGAAUUUAUUGUAUGUACCAGCUAGAACAGUGGAAUUAAUAGAAGUUAGAUUAGUAGGAUUACCAAAUUUUGGAAUUUUUGGAGGGUGCAGUAAGAUAUAUAAAAUAUUAAUUAUAGAACCAUUUAUAAGAAUAUAGAAUGAAAAUAAAUAAUUAAUCUAAUAACCAACAAUAUUGACUAAUUAAGAUUAAUAGAAAUAAUAUAGUGCAAUAUUUAAAUUUUAAGGAGUUUACUUAAAUGGAGAUGUAGUUGUUCAAUUUUUUCAUAAAUCAAUUGUUUUGUAAAUAUAUUAAUUAAAUAAGAUUAGAGAAGAGAAAAUGUUUUAGGCAUGGUUUCAUACUUCAUUUAUUAUGAUGAAUCCAUAACUCUAAAUUUUCAAUCGAGAUGAAUUGGAUGGAGUAAGCAAAGAUAAACAAUUUAAAAAAUUUCCAAUGAAUUUUAGCCUAGAAAUUCUAUUUGAUAAAGUUGUUGCUAUUCGUAGAAGAUCAGAUUGUAUUAAAUGA